CCAGUGAGGUGGCGUCAUCUACAUAUGGAGAAGUCUUCGGGCAGCGCUGGCUCUUUGGCUUGGAAACGGAGAUGAGCACCGCCCCCUAGAGACUACCGUUAGGACUGAAUAUGGAGAAGAGGAACGGUUUCCAGUUGGCAAAGAAAUGUUAUGAACAAAAACAAUACAAAAAUGGACUCAAGUUCUGCAAGAUGAUUCUCUCCAAUCCAAAGUUUGCCGAGCAUGGAGAGACAUUGGCUAUGAAAGGAUUGACGCUGAAUUGUUUAGGGAAGAAAGAAGACGCGUAUGAAUUUGUUCGUAAAGGUCUUCGAAAUGAUGUUAAAAGUCACGUUUGUUGGCAUGUAUAUGGCCUCUUGCAGCGCUCUGAUAAAAAAUACGAUGAAGCAAUUAAGUGCUAUCGAAAUGCUCUCAAAUUAGAUAAAGACAAUCUACAAAUCUUGAGAGAUCUCUCGCUGUUACAGAUCCAAAUGCGGGAUCUUGAAGGAUAUAGAGAGACCCGGUAUCAGCUACUACAGCUGCGGCCCACUCAGAGGGCUUCAUGGAUUGGAUAUGCAAUUGCAUACCAUUUGCUAAAAGACUAUGACAUGGCCUUAAAACUCCUGGAGGAGUUUAGAAAAACCCAACAGAUUCCUCCUAAUAAGAUAGACUAUGAAUAUAGUGAAUUAAUUCUGUACCAGAACCAAGUGAUGAGAGAAGCAGAUUUGUUCCGAGAAUCUCUGGAGCAUAUAGAGACCUAUGAGAAGCAAAUCUGUGAUAAGCUCAUGGUAGAAGAAAUCAAAGGAGAAAUGCUGUUGAAGUUGGGAAGACUAAAGGAAGCUUCCGAAGUAUACAGAGAGCUGAUUGAUCGGAACGCAGAAAACUGGCAUUACUACGAAGGCCUGGAAAGAGCCCUCCAGCCACGUACUUUAGAAGACAGGCUACAAGUGUAUGAAGAAAUAAGCAAGCGGCACCCAAGAGCAGUUUCACCUAGAAGAUUGCCUUUAAACUUUGUCACAGGUGAAAAGUUUAGAGAGCUAAUGGAUAAGUGGCUGAGGGUUAACUUCAGUAAAGGCUGCCCACCCUUGUUUACCACUUUGAAAUCUUUGUAUUACAAUACAGAAAAGGUUUCUACAAUCCAAGAACUUGUUACUGGUUAUGAAGCUUCUCUGAAAACCUGUGACUUGUUUAGUCCAUAUGAAAAUGGAGAGCGAGAGCCCCCAACGACUCUCCUUUGGGUUCGCUAUUUCCUUGCACAGCACUUUGAUAAACUGGGUCAGUUCUCGGUAGCCUUGGAUUACAUUAACUCCGCCAUUGCGAGCACACCGACAUUAAUAGAGCUGUUUUAUUUAAAAGCCAGAAUUUACAAGCAUCUCGGCAACCUAACUGAGGCUGCCCGGUGGAUGGACGAAGCACAGUCCUUGGACACGGCGGACAGAUUCGUCAACUCCAAGUGUGCACAGUACAUGUUGCGGGCAAAUAUGGUGAAAGAGGCGGAGGAAAUGUGCUCCAAGUUUACAAGGGAAGGGACAUCUGCGAUGGAAAACCUCAAUGAAAUGCAGGGGAUGUGGUUCCAGACAGAAUGUGCUUUAGCUUUUCAGAGACUGGGAAAAUAUGGAGAGGCCUUGAAAAAGUGCCACGAAGUGGAAAGGCACUUUUUUGAGAUAACAGAUGAUCAAUUUGACUUCCACACGUACUGCAUGAGAAAGAUGACGCUGCGUGCCUACGUCGAUCUCCUGAGGCUGGAAGACGUUCUCAGGAAACACGCCUUCUACUUCAAGGCUGCUUGGGCAGCCAUUGAAAUCUACUUGAAGCUUCAUGACAGUCCGCUAGCUAACGAAAGCAAAGAGCAAGAAGUGAAUUCAGAAAACCUUUCUGCCAAGGAACUGAAGAAGUUGCUUAGCAAACAAAGACGUGCUCAGAAGAAAGCGAAGCUUGAAGAGGAGAGAAAGCACGCGGAAAGAGAGAGGCAGCAAAAGAAUCAGAAAAAGAAGCGAGAUGAGGAAGAGGAGGAAACGAGCGGGCCCAAGGAAGAACUCGUCCCUGAAAAACUGGAAAGGGCUGAUAAUCCAUUAGAGGAAGCUAUUAAGUUCCUUAUACCACUUAAGAAUCUUGCGGCAGAUCACAUUGACACGCAUCUGUUAGCAUUUGAAAUUUAUUUCAGGAAAGGAAAAUUUCUAUUAAUGUUGCAGUCUGUAAAAAGAGCUUUUGCCAUCGACAGCAAUAACCCAGGGCUCCAUGAAUGUUUGAUUAGAUUCUCCAAGUGUGUGUCUGAUCACAGCAAUUUAUCGGAAGUCGUGAACAAAGUCCUCACCCAAGAGAUGCAGAAGAUCUUCAUUAGUAAAGACUUGGAAAGUUUUAAUGAAGAAUUCCUCAAACGCAACCCUACCUCCAUUCAGCAUCAGCUAUCAGGUGCCAAAAUGAUGUCUUUUCUGGAUAGCUCCAGACAAGAGAAAGCUAUCGCCAUUGCAACUAGAGCAGACGGAACUAUGAGAGACAAAAAUGUGAAGACUUUAACGAAGGUUUUGGAGUCCUUACGAGAUGGCAGCUUUGGAACCUGCCAUGCCCAGACUAAUGAAUAUCGGCUAGCAUGCCACAAACUGUUUCCUUUAGCACCUGCCUUCAUGCCUCUCACAAACGAAGAUGACGGUUGCUUUGCUUCGGUGAAUCAUACAGCCCUUAACCAUGAAGUGCUGUCCAAUGAAAUCUGAAACAGGAUGCCGGAAUAUCUCUGUCUUCUCAACUGGUUGCAUACAGAUGGGGGGAGGAGUUUUCUACAGAAUAUGAUGGAACACGAUUCAGAUCUCAAAGCAGAGACAAUUGAGUGAAACUGUACUGUGCUCUGAGCUCCUUGUCCCGUAACAAGAGCUGCCAAUAUUGAUGUAAACAUCUCUCUCUCUCUCUCUCUCUCUCUCUCUCUCUCUCUCUCUCUCAAUUAUACUGGUCAUGUUUAUACUUGUACAGUUAUGAAUAUUUUUAAUGCAAAUCAUGGAUGCUAGAAAUUGACCAUUCAUAGAAAUGUUGUUGCAUAUACAAACAGUCUUACAGAACAUACAUCAAACAAGAAAAGUUGGUGAACUUGUAGUGUGGUCCUCUGCAGAGUUACUCUGGUCUAAGCCCAAGGAUUUCAGUGAGCUGCAUAGGAGGACUGCACUGUCAGAUGGAUCUAACACUGCGUGUCCUAUCCAGUGGAAACCUUCUGUCUAUUCAGGGUAUCAUAAGGAAAUAGUGCUCUUUAAAUGGGUUUUUUUAAAAAAACAAAAACAAUUGGCACUGUUACGGAAGUCAUAAGUCUAUUUUCCCCAAAGCUAUUAAUUUGAGCGGCGUAUUUAGAUUUUUAAAUGAAUGCUCACUAUCAGUGUUCAUAUAGUCUUUUCACCCCUUCCCAGCUUUUAGAUGUUACUAGUGCAGUCCUAAACAGAGUUCCCCACUCUUUUAAUCCCACUGACUUCAGUGGACUUAGAAAGGUAUAACUCUGUUUAGGAUUGUACUGUCAGGAUAGCAGCAAAGAAAGUGGCUAUUUCCGGGCCCUGGAUUCAGUUUAAUACUGAGCUCCAUUAAACACUCACAUUUUGAUUUAAGAAUUGUGAACUCUAGUUCUACUUCUGUUGAAAUGCUGUUGCUUUAAAAUGCUAUAGAGUAACUAGCAUUUAAUGUUUUUUUUUUCUAAAAAGAAAAAGGAACUUAAAUGAGCACAAUUAGACUGGUUACAGAUCAAAGCAAUUCUUUUUUGCCUUUGUGCAUUAACCUGAAUGUGCAUCUCACACACACACAUACACACAACAUGUCUGGGUUUUAAUUCAGCUCUCCUCGGGAGACAAAUGGCUGUCCUUGACGACUUUAUAUAAACUACUAUGAAACUUACAAUACAUUGUGGCUUGUACAGAAAAUCCAUUUUAUCAAAACUAAUAAAAGAACCAGGUUUUUUUAAUUUUACAGUUAAUGCAAAUGUAUCCAUAAUGUUUCCUAGGCCCUAUGCAAAAUUCAAGAAGGGAAAUUUUAUCGAAACAAAUCGUUAUAAUUAAGAUGGUCUGCCAUUUAGGAUCAGUAAUAGUUGAACGAAAAACUCCCUGUAAAAUAAUGCCAACGGAUGUAAUGCUGUAAUAAAUUA